AAGUACGAGUUUCUUCCUUCUUCAACCAAUUGAGUAAAGCAAGACAGUCCUUGGUAUUAAAACUCCCCUCCCUGCACAGCAUAUUGCAAAGAUUCCACGGCGGAGAAAUGCGAACCAGGGAGAGAGUCUCAUCUGAGGAUUAGGUGCAAGAUUGGGGGCAGGAAUUGAAGUUUCGGGGAAAGAAUUUGGAAGAAAACAACUCGGUCUCCAGAUUUCUUUUGCUUGUAGCAACCCAGGUAUAGGUUGGUAGCACUUUGAGGGGUUAUCGGGUCACCCGCUCAGCAAAUAUAAUGCCGUCGUAUUCGCAACAUCCCAUAAUGCCCUCAGCCUCAGCCUCAACAUCCUCCUCUCCUCUCUCCAGGCUUCGGAACAUUACAGACCACAUGGCUUCCCCGGUAGCAUCAACGAGUUUCCCCGCAGAGGCGGUUCCUCAAGCCCCUGAGGAUGCCCUCUUUGGCCUGAUGCGGGCGUAUCGAGCCGAUGAGAGCAAGGAUAAAGUUGACUUGGGAAUUGGAGCAUAUCGAGACGAUAAUGCGAAGCCGUGGGUUCUGCCAGUUGUCAAGAAGGCCGACGAGAUCCUCCGCAAUGACCCCGACCUGAACCACGAAUACCUGCCCAUCGCGGGCCUGAACUCCCUCACCAGCAAGGCGUCGGAGCUGAUCCUGGGCGCCUCGUCGCCGGCGCUUGCCGAGAAGCGCACGACGUCGGUGCAGACCAUCUCGGGCACCGGCGCCGUGCAUCUGGCGGGCUUGUUCCUGGCGCGCUUCUACAAGGUCGAUGGCGCGAACCGCACCGUCUACCUCAGCAACCCGACGUGGGCCAACCACAACCAGAUCUUCACCAACGUCGGCCUGCCCAUCGCCACGUACCCCUACUUCGACAAGGCCACCCGGGGCCUCGACUUCGCCGGCAUGAAGGCCGCCCUCGCCGCCGCCCCCGACCGCAGCAUCAUCCUGCUGCACGCCUGCGCCCACAACCCGACCGGCGUCGACCCCACCCCGGACCAGUGGCGCGAGAUCGCCGACCUGAUGCGCGCCAAGCGCCACUUCCCCUUCUUCGACUGCGCCUACCAGGGCUUCGCCUCGGGCGACCUGGACCGCGACGCCUCGGCCAUCCGCCUCUUCGUCGACCGGGGGUUCGAGCUCGUCGUCGCCCAGUCCUUCGCCAAGAACUUUGGCCUCUACGGCGAGCGCGCCGGCUGCCUGCACUUUGUCUCGUCCCCGUCCGCGGGGGCCGCCGAGGUCACGGCGCGCGUCGCCUCCCAGCUGGCGAUACUGCAGCGGUCCGAGAUCAGCAACCCGCCGCUGUACGGGGCGCGGAUCGCGUCGGCGGUGCUCAACGACGAGGCGCUGUUCGCCGAGUGGCGCGACAACCUGCGGACCAUGUCCGGGCGCAUCAUCGACAUGCGCCGGGCGCUGCGGUCCCGGCUCGAGGCGCUCGGCACCCCGGGCCAGUGGAACCACAUCACGGACCAGAUCGGCAUGUUCAGCUUCACGGGCCUGUCCGAGGCUCAGGUCGCACGCCUCAGGGAGGAGUUCCACGUCUACAUGACCAAGAACGGCCGCAUCAGCAUGGCAGGCCUCAACACCCGCAACGUCGAGUACUUCGCCAAGGCCGUCGACAAGGUCGUCCGGGAAGUGCAGUGAGUUGGGCUCGAUCCUCGCGACGAGAGAGAGAGAAAGAAAAAAAGGUUGGGACGCGUGCGGCUUGUCAUAGACCCCCUGGUGCCUUGGAAUAGAUUGGAUGGAUAACUUGAUCACGGGCAUUCUCCUCUCCUUCAUCAUCCCCGGGUGCAUUGGGUUGUCGUAGCUGUUAUUAACAUAAAUAAGAAAGGUGUCUGAGCAAUAGAAUCCCCU